AUGCACUGGGUAAUCCUGCUUCUGUUCCUUGGCUCCACUCUUGAAGCAUGGAGUCAGACAACAAUCCAUGUUCCUGGCGCAAUCCCUCUGGCUAUUCGUUCUCCAUACUUCAACAGUUGGCUUUCGACGCAAGAUGGAGUUUCUCUGGCUAGCCGCUGGCCGACAUUUUGGAAUGGACAGACCCUUGGAUGGGCAGGUUUCGUUCGCGUCGACGGUCAAUCGUUCAGAUGGCUUGGAGAAAGCGAUAUCACUUCUGUGCAAGCUGCAACGACGACGGCGUACCACCUUACCCCAACUCGAAGCAUUUUCACAAUGGCCGCAGGUCCAAUACGCUUCAAUGUGACUUUCAUGGAUCCUGUAGAUUUAACGGACUGGAAUCGCCAAUCUUUCCCAUUUUCCUACCUGUUCAUCGACUCUGUCCUUUCAGCAGACGGAGAGGCUCGUUCGGUCCAAUUUUACUCCUACAUCGAUGGUCCAGUCUGGGUUUCUAGCACAUCGGAGUCAGCCGUUCGGUGGGAUACUACGGAAACAAGCUCGAGCACCCAUCAUUCCAUUUCUCGAAGCAACCCGCAACCUAUGGUCGAACAACAAGACAGGGCUGAAGAUGGAACCGCAUAUUACGCUCUUGCGAAGGUAGGCUCCCGUAACAGCUGGCAGACUGGUUUCGUCGACAGCAUCACGCAAACCUUUCUCCAAAAUGGCGUGUUGACAAACACAAUGGACACUCAGUUUAGGCCGAUAAAUAGCUCAACGCCCGCCCUGGGUCUAUCUGCGGACUUAGGGACUAUAUCGGAGCUCGAUGGACCAUUGGUAUGGGCUCUUGGCUUUGUCAGAGAGCCAGCCAUCCGACAUGUCAAUAAUGGUGCAAUCGAGAGCCGCAGUUCGUAUUUCUGGACGCGGUAUAAAACCGUUGGGGACGCGAUCGACUCAUUCCUCAACGAUUUUUCCUACUCCUACUCCAAAAUCGUUGCCCUGGACGACAAAAUCAUCUCGCAAGCACAAACAAUUUCAACGCAAUACGCGGACGUCGUCUCCCUCAGUCUACGACAAGCCGUGGGCUCGAUAGAUGUCACCACCCUCAGAGAUAGGAAUGGACGCUACGUAUCUUCUGACAUGAAGGUGUUCAUGAAAGAUGUUGGCUUCAUCAGCCGUACAAACCCUGUGAAUACCAUGUACGCCGCCUUCCCUGUUUUCCUGUACCUCGACCCCGGAUUCGCUGGGUAUAUGCUGGAACCGCUCCUGGAAUACCAAGCAUCGUCAGCAUACAACAAUGUUUUCGCGGCGGCAGAUCUAGGUAUCUCGUACCCGGACGCACUUGGAAAUAGUACGAGUAAUGUUUUGGGUGCGGUUGAGAAUUCCGCCGGAAUGUUGAUCAUGGUUCUCGCACAUGCUCUCAAGACCGGAGACGGGACCUUGGCUGAUCGUUAUUACGACCUGUUAAAAACCUGGGCCGAUUAUCUCGUCAAGAACACGCUGCAUCCUUCCGGCUACCAAACAGACGACGGCCUAAUCUCCGGCGACAUGUCGAAUCUUGCCCUCAAGGGUAUCAUAGCCAUUGGCGCCAUGGCGAAGAUAGCAGAGGCACUGGAGAAGCCGCUCGCUGAAAUUGACAAUUAUAAGAACCAAGCGUCGUCAUUAGGAUCCCAAUGGCAAAAUCUAGCAAUUACAUCAGGGAGAAUGGCCUCGAGAUACGGAGAUGAUACGAACUGGGCGCUGGCUUACAACUUGUAUGCUGCAAGGUUGCUUGAGUCUGAUGUUAUAAAUGAAAAGAUAUUCAGCGACCAAGCUGCCUUCUACGCAUCACAGAUGUCUUCAGCACAAAAAUACGGAUUUGCAUACGAUACAUUAGAUUCCUCCAUUGGCAAAUCCUCUUGGUUAGCAUUCACCGCGGCAACCACAACCGACAACUCAACGCGCGACGCUUUGAUCUCGAUGAUCCACUCACGCACAUUUUCCAAUGCCUCUAGCAACCCAUUUUCUGUGAUCUAUGAUCUGGGGCCGGGGCAGACACAAGGUGGUUCAUCAAGCCCAGCUCAAGGCUCGAUGUUUUCUCUCCUCGCGCUAAGUAUUCCAAAUCGGAGAAUUCAAUUACCUUUGUACCGGCGUGUCCACAAGGGUGUGAUCGCGGGGAGCGUCGUUGGCGGCGUCCUCCUGAUCUCCGCCGUCCUCGCGGGUGCGUAUUUCUGGCGCCGACGACGGAGAAGAAGGGCCGAAGAGAAGGAAAAGGAAGCUGCGACGCCGUACGCUAGUAUCCAGCCUCGAGAAGGCGUUAUUCAGCCCAAGGCCACGGCGCCAAUGGUUCCAGAGGUAGUUGUUGCUGGCCUCCCUCCUAUCCCAGGGCCGUCAAACGAGAAGUCGGCUCUGAGAGCCUCGCAGCUGAGUGUGCAGUCUGAUUCUGAGCACUCGGGUUUGUAUGCCCGGCAGCAGCAAGAAGCCGGGCGGACUGGGAAGGGCGUCGUUCUGUAUGGCCCUUCGCUAGAGGGGUCACAGGUCGACCUCCUAGGCGUUCCGAGGGUGUCAGCAUCGGGGUCGAGUGGGAAGGGUGUUGUGAGGAGAGGAGGUUUGUCUUCAUUGGUGGUAGAAGACACGCCCACGAUCGUGCCACAAUCGGCGCUGCCUCAAAAUGAAGCCGUGUCGUCGCCCCCGGCGAACACGACGGAGAGAGAUGCUGACCUAAUUCGAGAGGUACGGGAAUUGAGGAGAGAGAUGCAGCAGAUCAGAGCACAGGGCCAGCGGAGGUCGAACGAGCCGCUUCCGGAGUAUCGAGACCAUGCAUAA